AUGGAAAUCGCAGAAAUGCUCGAGCGUAGAAGGAUUGACAUCUGCUGCCUUCAGGAAACCCGAUGGAAAUCGAAUGGUGUCUGUCAUGUCAACUCAGACAAAGAAAAAUAUAAACUAUUCUGGAAUGGUCAAAAGACGGCCAAAAAUGGUUUUGGAGUUUUUGUCAGAGAACUGCUUGCCCAAGAAGUACUGGGUAUUAAAAGGAUUAAUUCACGUCUCAUCGAACUCAAUGGCCACGUUGGAGAGAAAACAGAUGGUUUUGACAACGUACAUGGCGGUUUUGGCUAUGGAAAACGGAAUGAAGAUGGCAACCGCAUCUUUGAGUUUGCUGAAAGUCACGGGUUUUGUUUACUGAACAUAUAUUUUAGAAAGAGGUUGGAACAUCUCAUAACAUACAAAAGUGGGCCAUCAGCCACGCAAAUUGAUUUCUUUGCUGUCAAGCAACCACACCGAAGGCUGUUCAAAAACGUCAAAGUUAUACCUGGCGAAUCAUGUAUUCUGGCAGGAGCGCAUAUAAACGACGUGACUUCACACAAGCAAACUGCUCUCCAUCUCGCUUGUCUGCACGGCCAUUCACACAUUGUUUCCAUACUGAUCGGGAACAACAUCAACGUUAAUGCUAUUGAUGACACUCUCAAUAAUGCAUUACACGUUGCAUGCCAGUAUGGACAUCUCGAUGUGGUCAAGGUGCUUCUAACUCAAUCGGAUAUCAACAUCGCCAGUAGAAAUUCAAAAGGUUACAACCCACUGCACGUAUUGGGCCACCACAGCAAGGAGAGUUCCUCUUUAAUUUUUGAUCUAUUCAUCCGAAGUUUUCCUCAGUAUCCUGUAGAUCAAGUUGAUGCCAAUGGAAAUUCAGUGCUCAUGUUGGCGUACUUCAACGGCAACAGUUCGUUGUGUCGGGCGAUCGUAAAGCAUGGAGCCACAUUAGGCACAAAAAACAAGGAGGGCAUGUCCAUAUUCAACGCUCCUGUCGCCACAAAACAAUUACUUUUUAAAAUGCUGGAUAUGUUGAAGAAGGAGCCACCAUGGACUGACGGUGAGAACUGUUUACAGUGUGACGUCAAGUUUGGACUUACUACGCGAAAACAUCACUGUCGACAUUGUGGUAGACUGUUAUGUUCCAGAUGUUCAGCAAAAGAGGUUCCCAUCAUCAAAUUUGAACUGACCAAGCCCGUGAGAGUUUGUGAUUUGUGCUUCGACGUCCUUUCCCUGAGCUCGCAUUAAAUUUUUUUUUGUUAUAAUUGUACAUUCAACUAUGACGAUUUUACCAACUAAUUUAUCGCGGACGGCAUAGCAACAUCCUUGUAUUUUGAGUUUGACCAGAAACGAUAGUACCCACAGCUGAUGUGUGUAUUCGUGAAUAAUUUAACAAGUUUUACGUAGUUCUCUUCCGUGUAAAGAAAAAAUUAUUUGAAAUGGCUACAAAUUAUAUUUAGUUUUGAUUUUUAAAUAUUUGAAAAACUUGAUUUGAAUCAAUUUCGUUCAAUGUAUUCGAAUGGAAAAUAUAAUGAUGUUAAUGAUUUGACGGUUGGACAAGUUACUCGUCAACAAUAUGCAGUUACGUGCAAAUUCUAUAUAAACAUUAAACUUGUAACGCUUAGAAAGUACAUGUUAAUCAAACACUCGUGAAAAAAAAUUAAUUUUUUGCAACUAUUA